CCUACUCAAAGUACCAACAUACUUCGAUUAUCUCUACGCCAUGGAAACCAAAACAACAGUUCUGAUCACAGGCUCUAACAGAGGCAUCGGACUUGGUCUCGUGGAACGUUUUUUGGCGAAACCGUCGCAUGUCGUCAUUGCAGCUGUGCGUAACCCAGGCCAUCCAACUGCUCAGGCCUUGCACAGCCUACCUACAGGUCCCGACACCCAACUCAUCGUCGUGAAAAUCGACGCCAGCAUUGAGAAGGACGCACAUGAUGCUGUUGCGAAAUUGCAGCAGAAACAUGGAGUUGGGCAUCUUGAUAUUGUAAUUGCAAAUGCGGGCGUGGCAUACAUUUAUCCCACCGUCGCAGAUGUCAAAAUAGAGGAUAUCAAGGCCCACAUGCAGCCGAAUGUAUAUGGUGUCAUCGCACUGUAUCAAGCUACUCGGGGAUUAUUGAAGAAGGCUGCGCGGGAGCCCAUCUUCAUGAUCAUGGGAUCGUCGGCUGGACUUUUGGGGAACCAUCUCCCCAUACCCAACGCUGCUUACGCCCCUACUAAAACGGUACUUAAUUGGUACACCCGACGCGUUGAUGCCGAAGAUAACUGGCUCAACUGCUUUUCUAUCGACCCCGGACAUGUGUCAACGGAUUUGGGCAACGCGGCGGCACAAGCUGUGGGAAUGGGCGAUCAUGCACCUACAACUGUUCAAGAAUCCUGCGAUGGCAUGAUGAUAGUUCUGGCAAAGGCUUCCAAGAAAGUGUAUGGUGGAAAGCUGGCGGUGUAUACCGGAGAGUUUCAUGGGUGGUAAAGGAAAUUCUAUUUUAUUUCCUUCUGUUCUGAC